UGGUCUUUAGGAAGUCAGUCAGUAGGUCAAUGUCCGGGUAGGUCUAAGUGGUGAGGAGUGGGACAUUGUCGUGCACCUAACACCACAAUGGACGACUAUCCGAUGUGCGGGUUGCUUGUUGGGUUCUCCCUCUGGGGGACCCUCUGGCGUCUCCUCUUUCCUCUGGGGUUCUGGCCCACGUUCACGUGUAGAGUAGGGACUCGAGGUGGUACUUCCACCCAACCUUACACGAAGGAGGAGGAGGAGAAGAUGGCCGCCAUCCUGCAGGAGAGAAAGGAGAAGAAGGAGGCCAAGAAGAAGGCCCUACAGGAGGAGCAGGCGGCCAAGUUGAGAAAGAUUGAGGAAGAGAUGGCCAGAGAGAAGGAGAGAAUCAUGAAGGAAGAGGAGGCGAAGUUGAAAGAGGUGGACGAGGAAGAGGAGGAAGGACCGCCACUGCAAAGGAGGAGUGGACAGCACAGUGGCAGCAAAGACGCAGAGAUGGAGAAACGGAUUUCGGAGUGGAUCGCCAACUUAUCCUUGGGUGAAGAGGAAGAGGUUGCUAUGUACAUCCCCCAGGAUGAGCAGGAAGCCGCUAUGAAAAAAUGGGAAGCAGAAGAAGAUGUUCUGACGCGGCGGGCGAUGGAGGAUGAACAGAGGAUGGCGUGGAAGCUCGCAAUGAUGAGGGAGAAGAAGAGAAGAGUGGAGGCGGCGAAUGCAGCAAUACAGGAAUUGGAGGAGGUGCAGAAACUGAGUUUACAGUUGACACCCCAGGUAGAUCUCCAGCGAAAGGUGGAGAUCAUCGCCCAGGGCGUCGAGCGUUUAGCCAAAGGGCAAGAAAAGCACUAUGAGUUUAGUCGCAGCCAGGAGAUAUCUGUGCAUUCGAUGCGAACGGGAUUACGAGACUUUGCUCGUGAGUUAGUAGGCGCUGUUGGGUCCGAGGCGUAUUUCCGCCUAGAGAAGGAUGGGAAAGUGGAGAAGGUCCUCCACUCUCUAACUCUCCUCGUAGAAGACAGCCUCCCAUUCGACAUUGUCCUGGGAAUGGAUUGGGGAGAGGCAGUCGGGGCCACGCUCCAUCUGAAGGAGCACGAGUGUAGGCUCCCUAGUUCUUCGGGCGAGGCCAAGAUUGCCCGCCUGUUCCAUGUGUCAGGUGUAGAGAAUCCCUUGGCACAUUGCUGCCUUAGUGCUCCUGCGUUCGCCAGGUUGGUGAAAAAGGAGAAGUUGGAGGAACAGGUUUUUGUUGCCUAUGUUAGGCCAGUGACUGAGCCUACGGAAGAAAAGUCAAUGGACCCUGCGAUUGCCAAGCUGCUGGAAGAGUUCAAGGAUCUAACUGAGCCGCCGAUAGGAGUGGUACCGCGGCCCAUCCAGCACCGCAUUGAGAUAGAGUCUGGCAGUAGAACUCCUAAGGGCGCUGUGUACAGGAUGUCCCCACGGGAGUUAGAGGAGCUUCGAAAGCAAUUAGACGAGCUACUCGAGAAGGGUUGGAUUAGGCCCAGUUCGUCUCCCUUCGGAGCGCCUGUUCUCUUUGUUCCUAAGAAAGAGGGAGAGCUGAGAAUGUGCAUAGACUAUAGGGGUCUGAAUGCUAUUACAGUGAAGAAUGCUGAGCCACUGCCGAGGAUAGACGAUCUCUUAGAUCGAGUGCAGGGGGACAAAUUACUCAGGAAGGAGACCAUCUGGAAGUGGGACAAGGACUGCACGUCUGCCAUGAAAAAGUUGAAGCAGGCGUUGAUAGAAUACCCGGUCCUUAAGGUAGCCGAUCCGUCCUUGCCUUUUGUCGUCACUACGGAUGCUAGCCAAUACGGCAUAGGCGCAGUGUUGCAGCAAGACGAUGGCAAUGGUUAUAGACCCGUAGAGUUCAUGUCCGCUAGAAUGCCUUCAGAGAAGGUCGCGACAUCUACCUAUGAGAGGGAACUCUACGCUCUCAGGCAAGCGUUAGACCACUGGAAGCACUUCUUGCUUGGGAGGCACUUCAAAGUCUAUUCUGACCAUGAGACAUUGCGAUGGUUAAAGACACAGGCCAAGAUGACACCUAAGCUUACUAGGUGGGCCGCAGAGAUAGAUCAGUAUGACUUCGAGCUCAAGCCAGUCAAAGGAAAGUACAACGUAGUCGCGGAUGCUCUAAGUAGAAGAGCUGAUUAUUUUGGGGCAAUAGUACAUUACCUCGAUAUAGGAAAGGAUCUGCAGCAGAAGGUUAGAGAAGCCUACGCGCAGGACCCUAUCUAUAGCGAGCUCCUCACACGAGUCAAGGAGGCCCCAGAGACUGAGCCGAACUACCGCACUACUGAAGGGUUGCUCUUUGAGAAGACUAAUGUUUUUGACCGCCUGUGCAUUCCCAAUAGUGAAGAGAUCCGUAGCCUGAUUUUGGGAGAAUGCCAUGACACAGAGGGUUACUUUGGUUGGCAAAAGACUUUAGCCAAUCUCAUGCCCGCGUAUACCUGGUCAGGGAUGAAGAAUGAGUGCGUAGAGUAUGUUCGCAGUUGCAAAGUCUGCCAACGUAAUAAGAGUUCUACGUGCGCCCCGCUAGGUCUUCUCGGACCCUUGCCCAUUCCGGAUCAGCCGGGAGACUCAAUGUCCAUAGAUUUCAUGGACACUCAAGUCAAGAGYAGGCAUGGCAAGAGCCAAGUCAUGGUCAUAGUUAACCGCUUUAGCAAGUACGCAAUUUUUGUUCCUUUGCCUUCAGAGGCACGUAUUGAUUUAGUCAUACAAAGAUUCUUUGACUGUUGGGUGAGCGAGAAUGGAAUCCCACUGUCUAUAGUUAGCGAUAGAGAUAGUCGCUUUACUAGCCAGAACUGGCAAGAACUCAUGGGAGUAUACGGAUCUAAAUUGUUGAUGUCGUCCGRCCGUCAUCCAGAGACUAACGGUCAGACAGAGCAAAUGAACAAGAUCCUACAGCAAGUUCUGCGCAUGUAUAUUAGGCCAGAUCAGAYUAACUGGGAUGAGAUGUUGCCCAAAGUAGCUAGUGCGUACAAUAACAGCGUGCAUCUGUCCACAUGUCGCACUCCCAACGAAUUGCACAAGUCCUUUAGACCGCGCAGACCGUUUGAGGAACUCAACCGGGAUCAGAUUCACAGAUUGCCGCCCGGGACCUGGGAGUUUGCUGUACACCACGAGAAGGAACUAGCUACUGUYGUAGAAAACCUCAGGAAAGCCCARCAUAGGAUGAUAGAGCAAGCGAACAAACAUCGUCGCCCGUCACAGUUUCAAGUAGGCGACUUAGUCUGGGUCAGUUCUAAAGAGUUUGCGCCUGAGGAGAACAUCUCGCAGAAGUUACUGCCUACAUAUAGAGGRYCGUGGCCUGUUCUGGAAGUCAAGGGCGGCGAAGAUGGCCCGUCCUAUACAAUAGAACUCCCARCACACCUCCACACGUACCCAGUUUUCCACGCAUCAAAGUUGCUACCUUGUCAAACAAGUGAUCAGUUUCCAUCCCGUAGAUCGAUGAUCCCACCGGAUAUGGAUGGAAGAUACGACAUAGACGGUAUAGUGGCUGAAUAUGUCUUCAGAACUGGACGUAGGGGUCGUCCGCAGAAACAGUACAAGGUUCAUUUUAGUUAUCAGGAACCGGAGGACGACCGCUGGUUUACAAGGUGUGAGGCUGCUUUCAGACAUCUGAAGCAUGCGUUGACACACCAUGAGGUCUUGAAACUUCCUGAUCCUGACAAGCCGUUUAUAGUUACCACGGAUGCUAGCCAAUAUGGCAUAGCCGUCGUGCUCGCGCAGCAGGAGGGGCCAAAGUUGAGGCCAGUGGAGUACAUGUCCAAAAAGAUGCCCUCUCAGAAGUUGGCCAAGUCCACCUAUGAGAAGGAGUUGUACGCGAUCUAUAAAGUGCUAACCCACCUGAGGCACUAUCUCCUUGGGAGGUUCUUCAUCGUAAGGACUAAUCAUCAGACCCUGAAGUGGAUGAGAAUUCAGCAUGUGCUCUCUGAUGCGCUGAAACGAUGGAUCGAAGUCAUUGAGCAGUAUGACUUCGAGCCCCAGUAUCUCAAAGGUGAGUACAACAAAGUUGUUGACGCGCAUUCGCGUAGGCCAGACUUCUCUGGUGCGCUGACCACUGAGUUUGGGCUUGUGGACGAUGUCACUCGCUCGUUGGUGGAAGCCUAUCGCGAGGACCAGUUCAUGUCUGAGAUCGUACGCAGACUCGAGGCGAAGGACAAGGUGACUUCUGCCGAGUUUGAGUUGGUAGGGGACAGGGUCUGGGUCAAGGCUUCAGAACUGGGACAAGAGCACAGGAUUUCCCGUAAGCUCAUGCCACAGUACUUUGGACCAUUGGAGGUUUUAGAUGUAGUUGAGGAUGAAUCAGACGGACCCUCAUAUGUCAUUCGGAUCCCUGGACACCUUCGCACUUACCCUGUUUUUCACGCCUCUAAGCUUGCAACAUUCAAGGCAACUGGCCAGUUUCCCUCUCGUCGCUCUAUGCUGCCCCCAACCAUGGACGGAGAGGUCGACAUAGACGACAUCGUUGAUCACAGGGAGAUGCCAGUUCCAAGACCGACAGACAGAGGACGUCCUCCAAAACCAAAGAUGCAGUACCGAGUUCGGUUCACGCAUCACACUGAUCCAAAGGAGGAUAGACAGUUCACACGGGAGGAACUCAUGCAAACCGCUCCACAGGUUGUCCCUCACUACAAGAAAACUCUGCAGAAGGGAAAACGCCUGAUUAUCGAAGACUGAACUUCUCAGAGGACUAUCGAAGUAUGGAGGAGGGAAUGCGAGGCACAGGGCCUCGAUAUGCCCUACAGGGCCUAUUUUCCACACAGUCGGCCGCUCUAAGUGAAGGCAGGCGCGACCGAGGCCUACAGGCCAUUUUGGGGUCACCACGCAACUGGGGAAAUUCAGGCAGUUGCGCAGCGUCAGUUGGCUGGAAGCGCCCAGGCCCAGGCUGCCUUUCAUUGCAUGUAACUAAGGCAGGCCCUGGGCCGGACACACAAAGUCGACCGAACAAAGGCUGAGGGAAGUU